AUCACGUGUUAGUAGUUUAAGAGAAACCGAUGGCAGGAUGACUCAUAAUUUUCCAUUAUUGUCAUGACAUACACGAUUAAUGAUGUCUCUACCGCGAAAGCAUGGGAACAAGGUUAACGUCGAUUAUAAAGCACGAUUGGAACGCAAGUUAUACCUGGCCAGAGAAAAUCCAGAACCAAUAUUUGAUGUGUCUGAAUGUGCUUUAAAACAUGUACCCUCUGGUAUUUAUUCAUUAUGUAAAGUAUUUAGAAAGAAGGUGCUAUGGAUGUAUAAUAACAAGUUAACUUCACUUUUGGGUGGAGGUGCCUUAAGCGAUUUGUCAUUACUUGUUGUAUUAGAUAUUCAUGGAAACGAAUUUACUAAUUUACCAUCAGAUAUAAUGUGUCUUGCUUCUCUCAAGGAACUUUACUUACAAGACAACAAUAUAAGAAAACUGCCAAAUGAAAUAGUACAUUUAAGUAAACUAAACAUUUUAAAUGUUGCAAAAAACAGCUUGAAACUAUUACCAGAGACAAUAGGAAAAUUGAAACAACUUACUACAUUGGAUAUUAGUUACAAUAAAUCCCUUCAUAAACUUCCUAAGUCUUUGGGUUAUGCACAACAAUUAGCACAGUUAAAUAUUGAUGGGUUAAACCUGUCAUAUCCACCCCAAGAUAUUUUAAACGGGGGCACAAUAGUAAUCAUAGCAUUUUUAGCAACUGAAAGUGGUAUUAAAUAUUCACCAGAAGAGUCUCUUUCAGAAACAGAUUUAUCAAGAGACAUAAGUUCUGAGGAUAUGCAAGGGGUAUAUCAUAAUAAAGAUAAUGAUGUACAGGCAGCAUUGCAGAAUCUAGAAAAAAUGAAGGAGCACCGUCAAAAUGCAUUAUUGGAAGUAGAAAGGAACAUCAAACAGCAACAAGAAUAUGAAAUAGGAAUUCAAUCAAUGUUGAAAGAACACAGGAAAAAGCUUUUGGAAGAUCUUGCUUUACAACAAACACAAUUACAGCAUGAAUUAGAAAAAGUACAACAAGAAAGAGAUUCUAAUAGAGCACGCUUACUUUCAUACAUUUACAAAGAAUUUAAAAUUUUUAAAAUGUUAAUAUUAUGUUUAGCUGAGAAAGAAGCAGACAAUGUUAUCAAAGAAUUUUUAAGAAAUAGUGAGGAAGAAAGACAAAGCCAAGCAGAAUUAUUAGAACGGGAAAAACAAGAAGAAAUGCGCUUACUAUCCUCGUGUCAUUCAGAGCAAUUUAUGUUUCGUACAAAGGAUACUCUUCUUUCAAUGGAAAAGUUACUUGAAGAAGAACUUCACAGAACCAGAAAAUUAGAAGAGCAUAGUAAAUAUAGAGAUUAUGCUGCGCAAUCUUUGCUCACACUAGAAGUAAGGAAUAAUGAUCAUUUAGCACAAAUAGUGCAAAAUCAAGAGAAGAACAGACAAAAUUUAAUUGAUACAUUAAGACAAGAUGAAGUUUUACAGAAAGCUGCUGUUGCCGCGUUAUUAGAACGUAGUGAUGCACGUUGUUGGAGUAUUGUACAACAAGUCAAUUUGGUACAGUCACAAUUAGCAGCACUUACGAAUAUUGAAUUGGAGAGAAGAAAACUAGAAAUUAACCAACAACUUAAUGAAAUAGCUGAAAAAAGAGUCACUUUGAGUACUAUUCUAAUGAACCUGUUAGAACAACAGAAACACAGAAGAGAUCAACUUCUGGAAACAAUUAAUAGUAUAGAACAACAACGUUGUAUUAAUAACUCUAGAAGAGAAAGUCAAUUUUGGUUGAUGCAAUAUCAGUCCUUAAUGGAAGCACGUCCACAGGGCUUAUUAGAAAUGCUAGAGCCUAUGUUAGUGCGACAUGUUGCAAUAGCGGGUGCAUUACAUUGUUUGCCAUUUUUAGCUUCUCUACCAUCGUUACUUCCCGAUCUUAGUGAUGAACAAUUGAAAACAAUUGGAAUACAUUCUGAAAGUGAUCGCACUGCUAUAAGACUUGCAGUUGAGAAUUAUUUAGCAGAACUGAAACUCAACGAAUCUAGAACACCUAUAAUACCAUCUGCACCACCUGAAGAAGCAUGUACAAGUUCUAACUAUGAAGAAUAUAACACUACCCAAAGUAUCAAUACUGCCGAAUGUGUCAUUUGCCUUGAUUUACAAUGUGAAGUAAUUUUUCUGCCAUGCGGACAUCUUUGUUGCUGUUCAGGUUGUGCAAAUAUGAUUUCUUCAGGUUGUCCAAUGUGUAGAAGUACAAUAGAACAUAAAAUUCACAUUGUAAAGCCUUAA